AUUUUCUAGAUACUUAAGUCGAUAUCGUGUACUUCACCGAAUUUGCAAACGGCAAAAUGGCUGGUGCCAUUGUACGUUGUUUUCAAGUCCCGAGAAGACAAUUGGGUUUUCUUGGAUCGUCGUUGAGCAGUCAGCAACAAAGAACAUUUGCCGAUGCCGCGCCAGAAGGAAAAAAAAGAGGUGGUCCUCUGGCUGAUCAAGAUCGCAUCUUUACAAAUUUAUAUGGCAGACAUGAUUGGAGGUUAAAAGGUGCUCUGAAAAGAGGAGAUUGGUAUAAAACUAAGGAAAUCAUAGAAAAAGGUGCAGACUGGAUUAUCAAUGAAAUCAAAGUAUCCGGUUUGAGAGGACGUGGAGGUGCAGGAUUUCCAUCUGGCAUGAAAUGGUCUUUUAUGAACAAACCCUCUGAUGGAAGACCAAAAUAUCUGGUAGUUAAUGGUGAUGAGGGUGAACCUGGCACUUGUAAAGAUCGUGAAAUCCUUCGUCAUGAUCCACAUAAACUUGUGGAAGGUUGCUUAAUUGCUGGUCGUGCAAUGGGAGCAUGUGCUGCAUAUAUUUAUAUUCGUGGUGAAUUCUAUAAUGAAGCAUCAAAUAUGCAAGUUGCCAUUGCAGAAGCUUAUCAAGCUGGUUUAAUUGGAAAAAAUGCCUGUGAUUCUGGUUAUGAUUUUGACAUCUUUGUACAGAGAGGAGCAGGUGCAUACAUUUGUGGAGAAGAAACUGCUCUGAUUGAAUCUAUUGAAGGAAAACAAGGAAAACCUAGAUUAAAGCCUCCUUUUCCAGCUGAUGUUGGAUUAUUUGGAUGCCCCACCACUGUUACCAAUGUUGAAACUGUUGCAGUAGCUCCUACUAUUUGCAGACGAGGCGGAGCGUGGUUUGCGUCAUUUGGUCGUCCACGUAAUCAUGGUACAAAAUUAUUUAAUAUCUCGGGGCACGUGAACAAUCCCUGCACCGUGGAAGAAGAAAUGUCCAUUCCUUUAAAAGAACUCAUUGAAAGACAUGCUGGUGGAGUAAUUGGUGGAUGGGAUAAUUUAUUAGGUGUAAUUCCCGGUGGAUCUUCCACUCCCGUUAUUCCGAAAAGUGUAUGCGAUACAGUGUUGUUGGAUUUCGACGAUCUUGUCAGAGUACAAACCUCUUUUGGUACUGCAGCUGUAAUUGUAAUGAACAAACAGACCGAUAUUAUUAAAGCUAUCGCGCGUUUGAUCAGUUUUUAUAAGCACGAAUCGUGUGGUCAAUGUACUCCGUGUCGCGAAGGAAUAAGUUGGAUGUAUAAAAUAAUGAAAAGAUUUGUUCAGGGACAAGCAGAAAUACAUGAAAUAGAUAUGCUUUGGGAGUUGACCAAACAGAUUGAAAUGCACACUAUCUGUGCUUUGGCGGAUGGUGCGGCGUGGCCAGUUCAAGGAUUAAUCAGGCAUUUUAGACCGGAAAUAGAAGCACGUAUUACACAACACAAACAAGCUAUAUCAAAUUAAAGGUAUAGAGAUUAGAAGCCAUUGAACGUUCCAAUAAUUGUCAAACAAAUGACUGAACAAAGUGUAGAUAUAUUUAUACUUGUAAGAUAUAUUUAUUUACAGUGUAUGUAAGAUGAAUCAAGGUGCAGU